AUGCGCCGCAUCGUCGUGUGCUGCGACGGAACAUGGGAGUCCGCCCUCUUCCAGACCCGCACCGUCAUGCUCACCAACGUCACCCGCCUCGCCAACGCCAUCAAGCUCCGCGACGAGCGAGGGUCAGGGUGCGAGCAGGUGUCGCUGUACCUGCCCGGGCUCGGCACGGGCGAGGCGACGCUCGAGGGUGCCUUGACGGGCGCGCUGGGCGACGGCCUCCUCGACCAGGUCCGACAGGCGUACGACUUCCUCUCGCGCAACUUUCGUGCAGGCGACGAGGUCCUCCUUUUCGGCUUCUCGCGCGGCGCCUACCUCGUCCGCCUCGUCCUCGCACUCGUCGACCUUGUCGGCAUCCUCGACCCCAAGACCAACCUUCACCUCUUUCCCGCCCUCUUCAACGCGCUGUGCCUCCCGAUCGUGCAGGGGACGAGCAGGUGCCGGCGCAACGAGGCGCGCCGAGUCGAGCUCCUGAACGAGGUGGCGCCCUUCGUCGAGGCGCAGAAAGCGGCGCGGCCCGGCGGCUUCCUCGUCAAGGUGCUCGGCGUCUUUGAGUGUGUCCCCCUCCUUCAGCUCCCUCACUUCUCCGCCGACCCGGCCUCGACAUCCAGCCUCACGCCCUUCUCGACCCUCGACGAGCUCCUCGAGCCGACAGUCGAGCACGUCUUCCAGGCCCUUGCGCUCAACGAGCGACGAGCGCCGUACGAGGCCAUCGUGUUCGAGCAAGAGCUCGACAGCGUCCGGCGAGGGCAGGAGCUCGUGCAGGUGUGGUUCUCGGGCUGUCACGGAGACAUCGGCGGCGGUUACACCCCUCACGACCUUUCCGACCUCUCGCUCCAUUGGCUCGUCGAUCAAGUCGCGCCGUUCGUCGCCCUCGACUUUCAUUACCUCGCGUCGGUAUCGGCGUCGCCCUCUGCGCCCUUGGGUGCCGCGUCCCAGCACGAAGGUUUCCACCUGACCUCGGGCCACGAGCGCCACGUCCCGCUCCCUCUCGCCGCCGAUCUCGCGCCCUCCUCGCCCGCGUCGACGCAGUACCUGCACCCCUCGAUCCUGCGCCAGCCGCGUUCGGCCCUCCCUCGCCGCCUGCGGCAAGCUCUCGCCGUCGCACAUGACGCGGGCGAGGUGCUCGGCCGCGGCGGGCUGUGGUGA